AAUUUAGCCCUCCUUCCUACAAAACAUGGAUAGCAUAUGCAGAAGGCAGCAGGAUUCUGAAAUGUCCUAAAUCCGACUCCAAAAGAUAACUGAAAAUUACACGAGAGGCCAUCACAUCUUGUUGUUCCGUGGACUCUCCUCCAUCGGACAUCCGCCAUCCACCGCCCAAAACAUCCUUUCACAUCCCUACUACUUCUUUCCCCGAUAUACCUCGUUUGGAUUAUCUGAUCCUUACUUUCUCGCUCUCCAAAUUAGCAGGUACCUUCUUUGUUGUAGCAGAUUUCAUUUUCCUCUUUAGAUCCCAACGGAUUAUUUUCUGUUUUCUUUUUAAUUGAUUCGAUAAGAAAGGAGGACAAAAUGAACUCCAAUUAUGGGAAAGGUUCAUCUGGAUCCUUAAACAACUUCAAUUUUGAUAUCGGGCUCGGCUCCAACAGAUCCAAAUCCCUCAACGAGCGAAAAAACCAAACCUCCUCCUCAUAUUCGUCAUAUGCAUCUUCAACACCUACGCAACCAAAGCCCGCGUGGCAACCGAACAAACCUUCCUGGACUCACCAACCAUCACCGAGUCAACCUUCUCGGCCUGGGCUAAACGGGCCCGCUUCUAUGGUGGGUGAUAUAUUUGGGAAGAGCUGGAAUUCACCGGCUUCAGGUUCUGGAAUCGGGAUCGUAGAGAAGAACCCAAAUUUGUUUGGGGAUCUGGUUAGCUCUGCUUUGGGGCAGGGAAAUAAGGGCAGCAGCAAUGUUCCUUUGAAAAAUGCUGUACCCACAUCGAAUAAUAGUGCAUAUUCGAUGGGGAAUCCGGCUGAUUCGUUGCCAAAAACGAGUAAUUCGGUGAAAAGUGGUCAAAGUUGGGGAUCAAAUGAAAAUUUUGGCAGUUACUCCGCUGGAUACGAUAUAAAUGGUCGUGGUGUUAAUGCUACUGGUAUUGGUGAUGCCAAGGUUGGUAGUAACAGGAGUCCGAAUCUUGGCGGCCCUUCAAUGAGAAGUAUGAGUGGAAGUGGAGCUAGUGGAAACAGGGAUCCAUUUGGUUCUUUGGUUGAUUUUGGAUCAAAACAACAAUCUGGUGGUCUUAAUUCGGCAAGUAAAACUGGUAAGACCAAUGCUGGAGAUGAUGCAUUUGGAGAUUUUCAAGAUGCUGCAAAACCAAGCACAACAGCAUUUCCAUCAGGUGGUUUUGGUGCUAAGAACAAUGAUUUCAUGGGAUCAAAUAUCACUUCCAAUUCGAAUAUUGAUGAUUUCAGCAUGCCCAACAAUGGCUUUACUUCUCAGAAGCAGACACCUAUUACAACUUCAAGUGGGGAUCCACUGGAUAUGUUCUUUUCCUCUUCCUCGGGAGGGGCUGCAACAGCAUCUGGAGGAGUGGGAGGGCAGCAUUCCUUACAAGUUGAUGACUGGGGAUUGGACUCAGAGUUUGGAGGAGGGGCUGGAAAUGAUUCAGGUGGUGCCACCACUGAGCUUGAAAGACUUCCACCUCCGCCUGCUGGGGUGACAGCUUCUGCAGCAAAGACCAAGGGUAUUGAUAACCAAAAGCAGGGGCAAUAUGCAGAUGCCAUCAAGUGGUUGUCUUGGGCUGUACUACUUCUUGAGAAAACUGGCGACCAGACUUCAUCCACGGAGGUUUUAUCUUUCAGAGCUUCAUGUUAUAAAGAAGUUGGAGAGUAUAAGAAGGCUGUCGCCGACUGUACAAAGGUGCUUGAACAUGAUGGUGCAAAUGUGUCUGUUCUUGUACAACGUGCACUCCUGUAUGAAAGUAUGGAAAAGUACAAGCUGGGGGCAGAAGAUCUGAGAACUGUUCUAAAGAUCGAUCCUGCUAAUAGGAUUGCAAGGAGUACCAUUCACCGCUUGACAAAAAUGGUGGACUAGAAAGAUUUUGCAAUUUACAUUGUAAUUCAGCCUUUUCAUUUAGGUUUUGAUACCUUUCCCUCCUCACUAAAAUUGCAGGGAAUGAUGACAUUUUGCUUUAAUAAAUUUAUUUCAAUUGAUAAUUGUGGCACAUAUGAUUUUGUUAAAUAUCAUGUCUGUUAAUAGUGACAGAGUAUAAACAUUAUUGGAUACUUCAAAGAGGCUAUGGAAUUUUGUUAUUGUUUUGCUG